UCCUGCAGUUCCUGACCAGGUAAAAUGAGCUCACCUUUGUCGAUGCUGAAGAAAACGAGGCGCACUCCACUGCAGAGCCCUCAGAAUGAGCAAUGGGGAGGACAAAAAGUGCCUUUCAGGGGGAAUCUCAUAAAGGAAUUUCAGACAGCUUUGGCUGAUGACGAUGAAUCCUCGGAUGUCAAACCUUCCUUGACCUCUCACACGGGAGCCAAUGAUGCCUCCAAUUCAAAAUCAAAAGCCCCAUUAAAGAAAGGUAGUGCACCAAGCGACUUUGAGCUGAUGUCUGCCAUGAUGCAGCGGGUGAGCCUGCUGGAGAAAACAGUGAUGAGCCAGGCACGGGAGAUCGAGAGAAAGGAUGAAAGGAUUUCAGCGUUGGAGAAAAAUCAGAGGCUUAUAAAAGAAUCAGAGGGUACUCUUCAUCCUUGUGGCAGAGAUGAUCUUGAGAGAAGAUGCCAACAGCUGCAAAAUCAAGUGCAAGAAAUGGAUAGCUUUCUGAAUGACUAUGGUUUGAUCUGGGUGGGAGAUGGUGAGAGCAGUGACUCUGCAGAGAGUGAGCAGCCACAUAACUUAGAGCAAGGCCUCUGGCAGCCAGACACAUCUGUGGUCAGGAGCUUCCACAUGAAUGUUGACCUGGUGCUGCAGAGGAUCAACGAGCUGAACAUCCUGGCAGGAGAGGGAGAGUGUUUCGUUCAAUCCACAUCCACGGGGGCACACUUGGCAAAAAAGGACCCUGUUCAGCUGAGUCUCUACAGCAACGGCAUUGUCAUGUUUGACGGUCCUUUCCGCUCGUAUCAGGAGCGCAGCACCCAGCGGUGCAUGCAAGAUCUGAUGGACGGGUAUUUUCCAUCUGAGCUUCAAGAAAUAUUUCCAGACGGUGUGCCUUUUGAGGUUAAUGACAGGCGAGAUGAGGAUUUUAUCACCAGGCUACCGUGGAAUAAUUUUCCAGGCGAAGGACAGGCUGUCCGUGGGGAGAAAAAUGAAACAUCCAAUACUGUCAGCUCUCAGUUACCUGGCAAGAAGUUGAGCGUGGAUCAGUUCCUGAGCAGGUUACCAAAGGCAGUAGUGAAGGCUGGCCGUGUGGUUGAUAUCAGGGACUCCCUGAGGGCCGCCCUGCAGUGCUCUCACCAGGGUUCAUCUCCUGCUGGGAGCAGCAGCUCGAUGAUCCUCAUAGACACGCCGGCCCUGCAAGCGAUGAAAGAGAGACUGCAGACUUCCAGCUCCGAUCGGCCUCGGUCCCCCUGUGAUGUCAUCACAAUGAAAGUGAAGUCAGAAGACGGGAAUCAUACUUACGUACUGAAAAUGAGCUUCUCAGAAACAAUCGGUCAGCUGCGACAGUAUCUGGACAAACACAGAGGGGGUGGUCUCCCUGGUUAUGACAUCAUCAGUGCGUACCCACAGCACCGCUACGAUGAGGACCGCCAGACGCUCAGAUCAUGUGGCCUCACGACUAAUGCUUCUCUGCUGCUGCGAAAAAGAGGCAGAAACAGCCUCAUUCACUGAGUGAAGUCAAUAAAAUAAGAUUAUAAAAGAUGAGGUAUCGGCCUUUACCGCAGCAGAAAUGUUGGCUUGUCAUAGAAAAACACAGCUGUUUAAUAACAUUAAUGUUUGCUUUGUUUUAUGUAAGCGUCCCAGUAAGUAGGACAGUGAACCAGCACGCAGCCUGACCCCCGCCUGGGAUGUUACGUAACAUGAGGACAGGGUGUCUCCAAAGUGGGUGGUCCCGCGUGACUGAAUGCAUGUAACCGAUACCGGAAACAGAUUAUUUUUCACUGGCAAAGGAAACAGUAUGAGUAAUAGAUCAAGUCAUGGUCCUUUCCCGAUCUGCUCAUAAAAUACUUUUCACGGCUGAUACAAAUCCAGUAUAUCGGAUCAGUGCAUCAUUAGUUAUAGAAAGCUGGAACUCGUGGCUUUCGGCACAGAAGGGAUGAAAAUGUUUUACACCAAAUCAAAUAAAGUUAAAACACAUGGCAAAAUGU